CAGCAAGUUCAUAUCCAAGCCAACCUCUUUAAAACUUUAGGUUUUAAAAUCAUGCCGAAGAACAAAGGUAAAGGAGGAAAGAACAUAAAGAGAGGCAAAAAAGAAGCAGAAGACGAUAAACGAGAGAUCAUCUUCAAAGAACACGGUCAAGAAUACGCUAUAGUCCUCCGCAUGUGCGGAAACGGACGGUGUGAAGCCAAGUGCAUAGACGGAAACACAAGGAUGUGUCACAUCAGAGGUAAGAUGCAUAAGAAGGUUUGGAUUAGCGCUGGUGACAUUAUUCUUGUGGGACUAAGGAUGGAUAUGGACAAUGACACCAAAGCUGACAUCAUCCAUAAGUAUACUCCUGACGAAGCUCGUUUUCUCAAGAGUUGUGAUGAGCUCCCUCGUGACCUUCGUCUUAACGAAGGUGUUGCUGGUGUGUUUGAGGUUGACGAUCACGUUGAACCUGGUGAUGACUAUUUUGAGUUUGGUGAUGAUGAGAUUGAUAGGCUCUAA